AUGGAGAAUUUGUCGUAAGAAAAAAUUAAAAAGGAUGAUAUGGAAAAUUUUAUAAUUCAAGUAUUUAGAGGAGAUUUACCAGUAUUGGUUGAAUCAGAAGAAAUUCCAUUAGAAAAUCAAGAGCCAAUAAAAAAAUUAGUAGGAAAAAAUUUUGAGUAAGAAGUUUAUAAAAGUAAAAAGGAUGUUAUUGUUUACUUUAAAAGCGAUUUUAUAAAGGAAAGUGAAUCUCUAAUUUAAAAUUUACUUAAAUUAGAUAAAUUCAUUAAACAGUAGUCAAUGGAAGACUUUAUUUAGAUAUUUCAAAUAGAUAUGACAAAAAAUAAGAUUUAUAAUGAAAGUGGAUAGAUUUUGGAAGAUAUUGAAAUUCUCCCUAAAUUGUAUAUUUUUAUUGCAGAUGAACACAAGCAAAAUGGCAUUAAGCUAAAUGGAAAGGAUUUUAAUUACCUCAAAAAUGUGAUCACUAAAAUAUCAAGCUAUGAUUGGAGCAACAAAGCUAAAAAAACUUAAUAAGAAUCAGAGGAAAUUAGGCUAAACAUUCAAAAAUUCAUUAAUCCAAAUAAUGUUAAAAGCUUUGAUAAAUAAUUUGAUUUAUGA